AGUUAUUCUUCUUUUCCCUCAAAUCAACGGCGCAGUAGAAGAAGAAAGGAAAAUUUGCCUGAUUUGUCUGAUUUGCCAGUUUGCAUCUGUUGUAAAAGAAAAAGUGAAAAAAAGUCGGUGGAAAAAGCAAUAACUAGUGAAAAUUUAUAUAAAUUUUUAAGAAAAACAUAGAAAAUGUUGGCAUUAAUAAACAGAAUAUUGGAUUGGUUUAAGAGCAUUUUCUGGAAAGAAGAAAUGGAAUUGACGCUGGUGGGACUGCAGUUUUCAGGCAAAACAACGUUCGUGAAUGUUAUUGCAUCUGGACAAUUCGCCGAGGACAUGAUCCCGACGGUGGGUUUUAACAUGCGCAAAAUCACCAAAGGCAAUGUUACCAUCAAAGUUUGGGACAUCGGCGGGCAACCGCGAUUCAGAUCAAUGUGGGAGCGAUAUUGUCGCGGUGUUAAUGCUAUUGUGUAUAUGGUAGAUGCGGCUGAUUUGGACAAAAUGGAGGCAUCCCGAAACGAAUUACAUUCAUUAUUGGAUAAACCACAGUUGGCGGGCAUACCUGUGCUUGUGCUGGGCAACAAACGUGAUCUUCCAGGUGCCCUUGAUGAAACCGGCCUAAUUGAACGAAUGAACCUAGCAAGUAUACAAGACAGAGAAAUUUGCUGUUAUAGUAUUUCGUGUAAGGAAAAGGACAACAUCGACAUAACGCUGCAAUGGUUGAUCGCACACUCGAAAAGCCAAAGCCGUUAGAAAAUUACCAAUAGGUUACUAGUGCUGUUAAGUGCAAAUGAAUAUGGCGUGCGCAUAUGAAUUAGACAAGAGAAAACAUACAAAAAUUCAAAUGUGAACAAGUAACAACAACAUAUUGGUAUGGUGAUUGAAAACUUCAAACAAUUAGACAUUUUAAUUAUAAAAAAAAAAUAAAACAUUCAUUGCUACACUUUGUAUGAAUUAAAUGAGAUAAAUGUAUGCAGGUGUGAUUACGCAUGAUAUAAAUAUAUAGAUAAUAUUGUAUUCGAAUGAGGCGUAUUGACAGACGUGCAAAUAUGAGAAACUAAACUAAAUUAUAACAAACAAACAAAAAAAUCAAAUAUAGAUAAUGCCACAUUUCCAAUUGUGCAUUUGUGAUUAGGCUCUAGUCUCUGAAUGCGAUUUUUUCAAUUGAGAAAUUCCAAACAAGGAAAUAAAUUCAAGUUAAAAAAACUUUGUUGACCGAAAUUGUUUUUACACGUUUAGCUCAUUUAGUACAAAGUCCGAAGCAAGCAAAUGAAAAUUGUGUCUAGCAGCGUUACCUUCGAGACUGUUGCAAAUUUUUUUUAUACACUUCAAUGUCUGUCCCUUGGUUUAAAAUUCACGUUUCCAAUUUCUAUUGUUUAGUUUACGCUAAAUAAAUAUAUAUUUUUCUAAUAAUAUUAAUAUUUACGUAUGUAAUUUUUUUGUAGUGUUUUUCAAAAAAUGUUAAUCUUUAGGAGUUUUUUUUUUAAAUAUUAGCUUAUGCUUUUAAUUUCGAAUUUGUAGGUUACAACUUACUCUCAAAAAAGUUUUCUAAGAACCUACGUUUUUGAGCAUACCUCAAAUCAUACAAUUAUAAUAUUUUUUAUAGCUAUAAAAGCGCAAACUGGUGCAUAAUUAAAUAACUAAUUAUAUGAAAAGAACCCCCCAAAUGUAGUUGCAAGCUACUGUAUCAGGUGCAUUACUAAGCGAAAGAUAUCGAAAUGAGAAACACAACAACACAAAACUUACAAUGCAUUGUUUGUAUGUAUUAAAAUAUGUUAUACAAGAAUUUAAGAAAGUCUUUCUCAUAUGAAUUACCUAUGUAUCUAUAGUAUAUGCGUUAUAUUGUUGUCCUUUGAUACUUGAUCAUAUGUGUGUGUGUGCGUAUGUAUGCAUGCACAUCUACGUAAAUAUGUAAGAACGGCAUACGUGCAUAUACACCGCAAUAUUUGUUUAUUGAGUUUGUUCAUCAAUAUUUUCUAACUCCACACGUGAAUAUAAAUAAGUAUAACGAUCAAAACAUGCGUAGUUCUGAAGAAAUUGUAAAGCUUAAUAAUAAUAAAACGAUAAACAAAUAAACAAACAAAAAGUGAAAACAAAACGAUUAUAUAUGAACAAUUCACAGUGAAA